AAACUGGUUUCUUUCACCGAGAAAUUGCAGUAACUGUAAAGAUUUGGCAGGUGCAGUAAAACGCCAAUUGGGACCACGUUCCUCAAUGGCUACUGAGUUCUUCAAGAAAAGUAAUUUAGUUGCAUAGGAUUUAAAUAUAGAGAAAAGUGACAGACAGGUCUGAUCAGAAGAGUUCCUUGUGUGGGUCUGUUUGUGGUUUCCUUCUACCUACCAAGAGCCUGUCUGCAGUUUCUCUGAACAGUCAAUAACAUUUGAAAGGAAAUAAUCUUAACGGCUACAGGGAAACCUGCUCUCGAUAACAAGCCUGUUGGACAAAUACCAGGAUUUUGCCUAAUCUUUACCAGUAUUUUGGUUAUAUUUCUGAAACUUCAGGAUACAUGAGCAGGAUGGAGAAAGGGUGACCUGAGGGGCAGCUGUGGAUGGUGCUGUGCAGAUCGCAGCUUCAAACCACCCCUGGAUGGUAUGUUUUGGAGCUGGUGUCAGAGAACGAGCAGAGUUGAAGGGUCAAAAUUAUCCCGACUGGAACUGGCAGCACAAAGGUUGACAGAUGAUGUCACAGGGCAUUGGAAGAAGCCAGUUGCACCCCUCAGUAUUGUAGCUGCUGUGUGAGAUAAUGGAAGGUAUUUGGAUCAACAGAUAUCGGAAGCAACUGGUAAAAUCCAUCAGUGGGCCCUUUCUGGAGACUAUAAUCCGUUACAUGAAGAGGCAGGAUCUGAUCAGUGCUGAAGAAGUGAAUCAGAUUCAGGAACUGAGUGCCCUAUCAGACAAAGUGAAGGCAGUCAUUGAUGUUCUGGCUGGUAAAGGGAACACAGCCUCUGAGUCACUGCAGACCUUUAUAGAAACUACUAACUUGCAGCUGUACCUUUCAAUUACAAUUUAUGAGCCAAUGGUACAGAAACACAUUGAAGUCCUGCAGAGCAAGUUUGGGAAUGGGAAUGAAAUCAGUGGUGUGUGUGAAAAGUCCUCCCUGGAAAGACUCACCAAUCUCCUGCUAAUUGAUGGGCUGACAGACAUCCAACAGAAAGAGCAUGAUGUCAUGCAAACUGAGGCCACCAGAGGGAUGAAGAACAGCCCAAAACAUAUCCCAUUGGACAGACUCUUCCUGCCCCUUUCAAAGGUUAAUAACCCGCCACGCAUUUUAGUAACAGUUGGGGUGGCUGGAAUUGGUAAAAGCACUUUGGUGAAAAUAUUGGUGUACAAAUGGCUGAAGGGGGACUUGUACAGAGAUGUCACUUUCAUAUUCCCCUUCAUGUUUCGAGAGCUGAACUCCUUUGAAAGGAUCUCUGCGGAAAAGCUGCUCAAGUUGACCUUUCCCCACAUUACUGAAACCAACCACAUUCUGAAUGGGACAGCAAAGGUGGUGCUGAUCUUUGAUGGACUGGAUGAGUUCAAGUAUCCACUUGAGUUUUCAAACCCCCAGACAUGCACUGACCCAAAAAAAGAUAUCCAGAUUGACAACUUAAUCGCAAACAUAAUACGGGGCACUAUCUUCUCCCAGGCAACAGUAUGGAUCACUUCACGCCCAACAGGAGCAAGUCAAAUCCCAGCUGGAAUUGUAGACAGAAUGACAGAACUCAGGGGCUUUGGGGAAUUGGAGAUGAAGGACUUCUUGGAAUCAGUCUUUGAAGAAAGACCAAUGGCUAUGCGGGUCUUUUCGCAUAUAAAAGCCCACAAGUCACUCUACAUAAUGUGCUCUGUCCCGUCCUUUUGUCUGAUGAUUGGGCUGUCCCUUGCAUACUACCUCAGAAUCAGUAAUGACAGUCAUAAGGCUGGAAAUUUCCCCAGGACAAUGACAGAAAUCUACACAUAUUUCUUCAAAAUGAUUCUCAAUGGGGACUGGCAAGAAAAGGAACAGGAGGCACCAAAAAUUGAUCAAACUUUCAGCAAUAACAAGAAACUGAUUGUUAACCUAAGCAGAUUGGCAUUUUAUGGGUUAAUCAAACGUAAGUUUGUUUUCUAUGAGCAGGACAUGAAGGCAUAUGGCAUUGACCUCAUCUCACUACAGGGAAGCUUGUGCACUAGGAUCUUCACCAAAGAUGACUCCAAUAUCUGUACAGUUUACUACUUUACACACAUAACAAUGCAGGAGUACCUAGCUGCCAUUUAUUAUUACACCGCAGCCAAAAGGGCCAUAUUUGACCUCUUCACUGACAGUGCCAUGUCUUGGCCCAAGUUAGGUUUCCACAAUCAUUUUAAGAAUGCGGUCAGUAAGUCCCUCCAGUCAGAAGAUGGUCACUUGGACAUAUUUGUGCGCUUUCUCUCUGGUCUGCUCUCACCAGAAGUGAACAGAUUGUUGCAGGGCCUGCUCCUGACAAAAGAUGAACACAACAGCUACCGAGCACCAGUGAUGCACCACCUGCAGUGCUGCCUCAACACCGAUUACGUCAUCUCGUCGAGAACGGUCAACAUCAUGCAUUGCCUCCACGAGCUGCAGGACACUGAGAUCGCUAAGGGGGUGGCAGAUGCUCUCAGAACGGGGAGUCUGGCUGGGAGACUGACUCCUAUCAACUGUUCCGCUUUGGCCUACCUUCUGCAAGUGUCUGAAGAAUGCAUGGAAGAGACCAAUCUCUCCAACUGCCUGAGCUACAAUAUCUUCAAAAGCUUGCUCCCCCGCCUGUUGUACUGCCACAACCUCAGGCUGGAAAACAACCAGUUCAAAGACAAUGUGAUGGAUCUACUGGGGAGCUUGUUGAGUGCGAAGGACUGUCAGAUCAAAAAGAUUAGUUUAGCUGAAAACCUAAUUAGCAACAAAGGGGCAAAGGCAAUUGCUCGGUCACUGAUGGUGAACAGGACUCUGGCUGCUUUAGACCUCAGGAGCAAUUCGAUUGGGCCCAAAGGAGCAAAAGCAUUCUCUGAUGCCUUGAAGAUAAACCAGGGCUUGGUCUCACUGAAUCUUCAGAAUAAUUUUGUGGCUGAAGAUGGAGCAAGAUUCACCGCAGAAGCUCUUCAUGUGAAUCGCAAGCUGACCGUAUUGAACCUUCAAAAGAAUUCCAUCGGCCCCGAAGGCGCAAAGCGGAUUGCGAGUGCCUUAAAGAAUAACGGGAACUUAAAGGAACUCAUCCUGUCCAGUAACUGUGUGGGUGAUAUCGGAGCCACUGCCAUAGCUGAAGCCUUGAAAGUGAACAAAAGUCUCACAACACUCAACCUCCAGAGUAAUUCAAUAAGUAACAAUGGUGCCACUGCCCUGACUGCGGCUCUCAAACUGAACGAAGGCCUCAUUGACCUGAACCUUCGAGAAAAUUCGAUUGGCCUCAAUGGUGCAAGGGAAAUUGCGAAUGCAUUACGUGUGAACAAGGUGCUCAAGACCUUGGAUUUAACAGCGAACUUGUUACAUGAUGAAGGAACAGCAGCCAUUGCUUCAGCUAUCCGAGAAAACCAAACCCUCACAUCUCUGCAUCUUCAGUGGAACUUCAUUGGUUCAGAAGCUGCAAAAGCUUUAGCUCAAGCACUACAGUCCAAUCACAGCAUCACCAGCCUCGACCUUCAAGAAAACUGUAUUGGAGAUGAAGGAAUCAUCGCUCUUUCAGCUGCACUCAAAUGUAACUCGGUGUUGACCUCCUUGUAUCUACAGGGAACUUCAGUGGGUGUGAGAGGUGCCAAGGCCUUGGCUGAUGCCUUGCUGGUGAAUAACAGCCUGACGACUCUGGAUCUUCGAGGAAACUUGGUGUGUGUGGCUGGGGCGAAGGCAAUCGCCACUGGUCUGAAAGUGAACAACAGCCUCCGGACUCUCAACCUUCAAGAAAAUUCCUUGGGUCUGGAUGGGGCAAUGUGCAUUGCAAUUGCACUGAAAUACAACCACUGCCUCAGUCAUAUCAAUCUCCAGGGCAACAGGAUUGGUGAAUCAGGGGCAAAGGUCAUCGCUACUGAAAUCAGAAGCAAAUCUCCACACUGCAUUGUUGAAAUGUGAACCAAAUCAUCUGGAAUGGAAUCUACAGCAGUAGUGACUGGCUCAGAAUGCCCCCUUCCUCAUAUAAUACACUCCAUUUCACUCAAAUGUUUCAUACACUUUAAACUGGACAGCCCUCGGGGUUUUUGAAAGGCAGGUACUGGGUGUGGUGAUCUCUGACUCUCAAAGUCUCUGAUAGGUGUGCACAGGGUGUGAUGACCUCCCCAAGCAGGGCUAUAGUUUGUCUUUACUGCAGUACUGAUGAGCUACAGUGUAGGGAUGUUUCCACUCACAGGCUGUAUUUGAAGUGACUGAAUACACAAUAAUCUACUUUAAAUCCAAUCCCUGUGAAAAGGAUAAUCAAGCACUGUACUGAAGAGAGACUAACCCAGUACUGUACCUAAGGCAGACUACUAUAUUUUUUUCCAGUGACACCUUUAGAACCUGACUGGAUUAUUUAAUUUGUUGGGCUGUUCCUAUUUGUUGCUGGGCAUCAUAUGGCUGGUGUUGAUGCCACCUGUAGCCCCAUAGUACCUACAGCAUUGGAACUGUGCUUAGAUACCACAAACCUAGAAAUGUUGCUGUAGACCAAGGUGUUGUAGACCAGAGGGCAGAGAUGUGGCUAAUUAUUAUUUACAGAUAAAUUACAGGGAAUAUUCCACAGGGUCAGCAGUAAUGAUGAGGCAGAUUCCUGGAUUCAUUUUGGUAGGAAGAACAGGGAGAGGCAAUAUAAAAAUGAUGCAAUUCUAAAGGGGUGCAGGAGAAUUG